AUGGUCAUCUGCUACAUUAUACAGAAACUCUAUGUAAUGCUGACAAUCAUGUGCAAUGGACUUGCUUCAGCUGGAAAUCAAUGCUGCCAGGUACCUGGUGACUGGGUCGAGUCGAGUUGGGAUUCCAGCCCGCAGUAUGUAUCGGAGGUAAUACAACAAAGGCCAGAGAGAAAAAGAUUUAAACGAAAGCUGGAUGUCACUAAGGAUGUUGUAGUUGAUCAACGGAAGGCGGUGGCUAGUGGAUUUUCCCCCCGCGCGUGUUUUGCUUCUUCAACGCGUCAAGCCUAG